AUGCCUGACGCCAUUGAGCAGAGGCAGGACUUUGUCCAUCCCUCAGCUAGCCAUGCCAAAAAGAAAGCACCGUCCCACUUUGCGCUUGAGCCCAUCAAGGCUUUUUACAUCUUUCUUGCCGCAAACCUCAUCGCCGCCCUCUUUGCUCCGAUUCAAGAUUGUGACGAGACGUUCAACUACUGGGAGCCUACACACUACCUUUCGCAUGGCUACGGUCUGCAGACCUGGGAGUAUUCACCCGACUAUGCCAUCAGAAGCUGGUUCUACGUUGGUUUGCAUGCCAUUGUCGGCAAUCUGCGACGAAUUCUCCCUCAUCCGACAAAGGUUGGCGAGUUUUAUGCCGUACGAUAUGCUCUGGCCUUUACCUGUGCCCUGUGCCAGGUUCUCUUCUAUCGCGUCAUCAGCUUCACCAUGAACUCUAGGAUUGGUCUCUUCUUUCUGAUCGCUACCGUCAUUACCCCUGGAAACUUCCACUCGGCCACGGCCUUUUUGCCGUCCAGCUUUGCCAUGUACAUGUCCCUUUUGGGUGCCGCCGCCUUUAUGAACUGGCGUGGAGGUCUCAAGACUUCUUGGGGCAUCUGGUGGUUUGCUGUUGGUGGAAUCCUGGGCUGGCCCUUUGCCGCCGCCCUGUCUGCUCCGUUCCUUGUUGAAGAGGCCUUGUUUGCCGUGGUUAGCAGCAAGGAAGGCUUCUAUGAGGCAUUUCUGCGUGUCACUCGUGGCGUCACUGCUGCUUUUCUCUUGGUGGUUGGCGAUGCCCUGGUCAACACUUUUUUCUACAAGAAGUGGGAAAUGGUGGCAUGGAAUAUUGUCAAGUACAAUAUCUUUUCUUCGACCGGAGGCCCGGAUCUGUAUGGCACCGAGCCGUGGACCUUUUACUUUCGCAACCUGACCAUCAACUUCAACAUCUGGUUUGUGCUGGCUUUGCUGGCAUUGCCCCUCUUCCUUGUACAAAAGGCCCUUUCGUCUCGACAAUACGGUUUUCAGACUGGUCUCCGAACUGUCGUCUUCCUCUCGCCUUUCUAUCUGUGGUUGGGCAUCUUUACUUUGCAGCCACACAAAGAAGAGCGCUUCAUGUAUCCUGCCUACCCAUUCCUCUGCUUCAAUGCUGCCGUAACGCUGCACAUUAUUCUCAACGCGUUUGGAAACUCGGACCCAAAGACAUUGGUCGGAAAGAUCCCCGCAAAACUAAAGCUGUUCAUUGUAACUUCGGCUAUAUUCCUGUCUCUUGACCUCGGCGUCGCCCGCAUCCUUGGAUUGUACCAGAAUUACUCGGCUCCGCUGAAGCUGUACACGCCCCUCGGUGCAGGCGUUACAGGAGAAGAGGGACUGGGUGGACGCGGAGACAGUGUAUGCUUUGGAAAAGAGUGGUACCGAUUUCCCAGUUCCUACUUCCUACCGCGCGAUAUGCAUGCCAAGUUCAUCCGUUCCGAGUUUCGAGGUCUUUUGCCGGGCGAGUUCUCCGAAGCACGCACCGGAUUUGGGCUUUGGAGUGGUACCUGGCUGCCAACGAGCGGUAUGAAUGAUCUCAACCAAGAGGAUAUGGGCAAGUACACUGAUAUCCGGCAAUGUUCAUUCCUGGUCGACACACACUAUCCUUUAAAUAAGGAUCCCCUACCACCGAAUGAGCCCGAUUACAUCGAGGACACCGAAAACUGGGAGGUCGCCAAGUGUGUUCCUUUCCUAGAUGCCGGGAACACGCAUCUACUCGCGCGGGUGCUGUGGGUACCCGAGUCGAACCUCGUUCCUCAGAAAUACAGGCGACAAUGGGGUGAACAUUGUCUUUUGCAGAGGAAGAAGUAG